AUGAUCAGCUGGACCGGCCUCUUCGUCCUCUGCGGCAUCCUGAAUCCCAUUCUCUGCUGUGAUUGGCUCAAACAGUACCAUCACUACAGCAACAUCUCUCUGACCUCCAUCCUUCUCAUGGGCGGUGAGCUGACUGAAGAGGAGAGUCCAGUUUCCUUUCCAUACAGACUCUACAGACAGAUACGAAACACUGAGGUUGAGUCCCAGCUGGCUUUCAUCAGAAAUAGUUUUGAAUUGAUCCUCGGUCUCUAUCGCCAUGGCAACUUCUCCUCCCUUACCUGGGAUACUGAAGAGACUCAAAGGUUCCUGACGGCCAUCGACAGGCAGAUAAAUGUAUUCAUCACCUGUGUGUCAAUGAACAGCACAGCAGACAACAGACUGAGCGGAUACUACAGGAGACUGAAGACCAGGACUCUGUCCCACACUGGUGGGAGCACUGCAUCCUGGGAGCUGAUCAGGAAGGAAACUAAACUGCACCUGGAUCAGUUGGACCUGCUGGUGGCCUCCAUCAAACAUUCAUCUGCUGCCAGCAGGAGGCGCUCUACAACAACUCCACACCAACAAUGACACAAAGUCUCGUGUCAUUCAUCUGUUUCUCUGUGAGAGACGGACUCUGAUAGUUUCUAUUCUCACUCUAUUUAUUUAUUUAUUUAUUUAUCUAUUAUCUUUCUAUUUAUGAACAAAAUGUUUUUCUUUAAUUGAUUGAUUGAUUUUUCUGUAUUUUGUACUGACAGUAAAGAGCCUUGAUGCA